AGAAGGGGUUGAGGAGCAGCGCGGCGGCGGCAGCAGCAGGAGUAGCGCCAGCCGCCAUCGUCGCCGUCGAAGGUCUACCGAGCUGGGGAGCGAAUGGCUGGCGCUGACUGCGGCUAGAAGCAAAGAAUGGGAGGGUCCUUUUGGCUCUGGGCUGGAAUUUCAUCUGAGUGAUUGACCGUCUUCCUUCUGCGAUUGCACUGUCCCAAAGCCAAGGAAAAAAAAAUCCUUUUGCACCAUUCAGCUGCAUUAGAAAACUAGCUCCUCCUCCUGCCCUUUGCAUAUGGAUUUAUCUCCAGCUUUUGAAUGAUUCAAUUAAAGACUCAAAUACUAAUUUCUUACGGAGGAAAAAUAAUUGAAAAGGGACGCUUGAAUUUAGUCACGAGGGAUACAAAUUCCUUUCAGAUAUUAAAUGGUCAAAAAGUGGUAAUUAGGAGUAUUUAAUAUAGGAGAUUUAUAUGGCAUUUGGACUUCCUUUUGGAUUUUGUAUGGAGUUUUUUCAAUUCUCGCAACUUAGUGGCCUUUCUGUUGCAAAAGUGGAAACUCGUCAUCAUCUGCUUUAGUAGACCAAAAACUGACUGUUUAAAGAGAUUAAAAGGAAAGUUCUGAUCUGGGUGAGACAUGGCUGAAAACUGGAAGAACUGUUUUGAAGAGGAGCUUAUAUGUCCUAUCUGUCUGCAUGUCUUUGUGGAACCUGUCCAACUUCCUUGUAAGCACAAUUUUUGUAGGGGAUGCAUAGGAGAGGCUUGGGCCAAAGAGUCGGGGCUAGUGCGUUGCCCUGAGUGUAAUCAGGCCUACAACCAGAAGCCCAACCUUGAAAAGAACUUAAAAUUGACCAACAUUGUGGAGAAAUUCAACUCUCUUAAUUUGGAAAAGACUCCCUCUGUCUUACACUGUGUCUUCUGCCGCCGUGGGCCACCUUUGCCUGCACAGAAGAUCUGUCUAAGGUGUGAAGCUCCAUGCUGCCAAUCCCACGUUCAGACACACCUGCAACAGCCCUCUACAGCACGUGGACACCUCCUGGUGGAGGCGGAUGACGUCAGGGCUUGGAGUUGCCCCCAGCACAAUGCUUACCGACUGUAUCAUUGCGAAGCUGAACAGGUUGCUGUUUGCCAGUUCUGUUGCUACUACAGUGGUGCACACCAAGGGCACUCAGUAUGUGACGUGGAGAUCCGACGCAAUGAGAUCAGGAAGAUGCUGGUGAAGCAGCAGGACCGUCUGGAAGAGCGUGAACAAGACAUUGAGGAGCAGCUGUACAAGUUGGAAUCGGACAAGCGCCUGGUUGAAGAGAAGGUGAGCCAGCUGAAGGAUGAGGUGCGCCUACAGUAUGAGAAGAUGCAUCAGAUACUUGAUGAGGACCUGCGCAAAACAAUGGAGAUCCUUGACAAAGCCCAAGCCAAAUUCUGCAAUGACAAUGCUGCCCAGGUGCUGCAUUUGAGCGAACGCAUGCAGGAGGCUAAGAAACUGCUAAGCUCUGUUCAGGUCAUGUAUGACAAGACAGAAGACAUCAACUUCAUGAAGAAUACAAAGUCAGUGAAGAUCUUGAUGGAUAGGACUCAGAACUGCACAGGAGGCAGCCUGCCCCCUCCUAAGAUUGGCCACCUCAAUUCCAAGCUCUUCCUGAAUGAGAUUGCCAAGAAGGAAAAACAGUUGCGGAAGCUCCUGGAAGGUCCUUUCAGUACCCCUGUGCCAUUCCUGCAGAGCAUCCCUAUGUAUCCCUGCAGCGUCAGUAACUCAGGAGCGGAGAAACGCAAGCACUCCACAGCUUUUCCAGAAGCCAGUUUCUUGGAGCCAUCCUCGGGACCUGUUGCCAACCAGUACGUCAGCCAGGGGGCUUCGGCUGGUGAAGGCCAGUCUGCACAACCCAUGGUGCCUUGUAGCUCCACGCAGCACAUAGUAGGACUCUCCAGUGGCCCCCAACCAGUUCACUCCAGCUCCAUGUUCAACCCUUCUCACUAUCCCAACAGCACAUCAUCUCAGCAGUCUGUGCUGUCCCAAUAUGGUGGGCGCAAAAUUCUUGUCUGUUCAGUGGACAACUGUUACUGUUCCUCAGUAUCCAAUCACAGUGGGCAUCAGCCCUACCCACGAUCCGGCCACUUUCCAUGGACAGUGUCAUCACAGGAAUAUUCCCACCCACUCCCACCUGCUCCAUCUGUACCUCAGUCGCUUCCAGGAUUGGCAGUGAGAGAAUGGAUUGAUGCAUCUCAGCAACAUGGACGCCAGGAUUUCUAUAGAGUUUAUGGUCAGCCUUCCACCAAACACUAUGUCACCAGUUAACCAUCUGGUUUUGGUAGAAUCCUGUUGAUUUUUGAAUUUUUUUAAUCUAGUUUUUGUUGUUAUUUUAAAUCAAAUCCAUUUCCAUCUAUCCCUACCACAUGCCAGAUUCAGAGUGGGGCAUUGUUGUCAUCUCUUAUUUCUAAUUUAAUUCUUUAAAAUUCCUUUCUUUCUAUCAGGUUGGGGAUGGGAACUGUGGGAAAAAAUUAACAAGAAUUUCAAUCAAGUAUUUGCUUUGGAUCAUGUGACAUUGCUACUUUCCUACGGGGAAAACUUAAAGGGACAGAUGAUCCUUUUUAUUUCAGAGUCUGGGCUCUUUGGUUUUCCUUUUAAUUAUUUUCUCCUUCCCAUUUUUAAGACAAAUUUCUAUCAUUGAUUCAUUAAGAAAUGACACUUGUAGAGGUUUUUUUUUUAAGGCUGAUUUUUUUUGUGUGUUAAAAGGCCACGUAUCGUACAUAUUGGCAUUUUUUUCUUCUUUCAGAGAUUUGUAAAUACACAAUGGCAGGAAAUGAAAUGCACAAAAAAGGGAAAAGAAACUUAAAAAAAAAUAAAAAUCUGUUUUAGUUUCCAGGAGGGAAGUGUGUGCCUAAGUACACACAUGGUUUCCUGUGUUUUGUUGAUGCAACUUCCUCUAACAAGCACUUUGUAUUAAAAAAAAUGGACUUCCUGUUAUAAGAUGCAGGUAUUUAUUCUGUAACCAAUUUUAGAACACACACACACAAAAUAUUCAAAUAAAUGUGAUCACUUAGUGCAAUGCCUUGUUCUGGUUUGCCUGUGUGGGCAUUACUUUACCCAGUUAUGUCUGAGAAUAAGGAUAUGUUGAUCAGAAAGCAAAUCUGAUAGCCUUUAAAAAAAAUAGAUCACACUCUUCUUUGUCUAUGCAUGCCCUUGGGAAUAAUUCUAAAUCAGGAAUAUCAAACUCAAUUUCAUUGAGGGCUGCAUCAGGGUUGCAUUUGACCUUGGGGGGGCUGGGGGCGUGGCCGGCUCAAUGUCACUCAUGUCGGGGAUACCUGUGAUGGCCUGGGCAGAGCUGGGGUAAUCCUCCUGCAGCCCU